GUAGUUAUCAGUCUCAGUUAUAAACUGGAGAGGAUACAAACUCAGGCACAAUGUUCGCUAAAUUGUUCGCCCUCCUCGCUCUGGCCGCGGUAGCGUUGUGCCGCGAGUACCCGGCUGGAGUGCAUCCAGCAGUGUGCCCCAACUACCCCUACUGUGAUACUACCGCCUUCGCCCGCCAUACGCCCGACGGACAGCCCAUCCCCGAAUGGGUGUACAACCCUAGCAUCCUGCCGGUUGCCCCUGUGGACCCCGCCCACAACGCCGCUCCCCGCUACCCGGCCGAUUUCCCCGCGGCUCUCUGUCCUAACUACCCCUACUGCUGGUGAACAACAAAAAAAAAAGCGCGCGUCUCUCCAGAUUUGAAAAAAAAGAAACAUUCGCUAAUGCCAGACCUUUCCCGCCUUUUCAAACGUCAAUCUGACAUAUUAUUUUUUUAAAACCUAACGCAUAGAUAACAAAAUGCUUAGUGAAAUCUGUUUUAGCAAAUGUUUCUAAAAAAACCACUGCCAUAAUGAUUGCAAAGAAA